AUGUUCCUUCUCCUCUUCUUGCUGUUAAUCCCUUGCGAGGCCGCAAAAUACUCCGAAUACGACGACGGUUUCGCCCGAAAACUCUUGGUUUUGGCGGCCUCGGCGUACUCGCCGACGCCCGAAAAUUGUCUGCAAAACCGUUUCGCGAACACGGAACUCAUCCAAAAGUUCGAUGUGAAAUGCGACUUGACCGAGAACAACACCUGUUCCGGGUAUAUUGCGCUGAUCCACGAGGAGCGAGCGAUCGCGUUGGUGUUUCGGGGGACCACCAGCAAGGAUCAGCUCCAACUCGAGGGCGUUUCGGGGUUUUUUGAGCGCGGAUAUUUUGAGGAGCUGGGACGAGUGAAUCGCUAUUUUCACAACGGAUUUGAGGCGAUUUGGAACAGUGGGAUGGAGGCGAAAUUCAAUGAGAUCUCGAGGAAUUACCCGGGAUACGAUUUGUGGGUGAGUUGAGAGGGAAAAUUGCCUCAGGGCAUUAUUGAAAACGGUCAAAAAAGAUUUUUAUUUGCUCUAGAUCUCAAUAAAAAUCCAAUUAUUCUGUAAUUUCAUCGAUUUUCGCAAAUUUUUGACCAAAGCAUGGGCGCAGCUCGAAGAAAAUAUCUCAAAGAUAGGCCCCCAGAUUUUUAUAAAAAUUGGCAGUAAUUGAGAGCAUAAUUUUUUAAAGUAUGUGGAAAAUUUUCAAAUCGCAUUCUGCAGAAAACACUGGGAUUUUUAAGUAGAAAAAGUUUUAAAGUCAUCAUUUUUCGAACUUUUACAAUAAUUCCGGGAAAUUGUUGAAUUUAUUCAAGGGGUAUUUUCUGACGAAGAUAGACGUCUUGACGGACGUUAAAUUUAAUAAAAACCUGCCUUUCAAUUUUUUAUUUGAUCACCAAAGACAAAAUAAAAACUGAUUCCAGUUAUUACAGCCUCUCAAGAAUAGAUCAUCAAAAUUUGUUUUCGCUCUAAAAAAACAACUCUACGUCUGUCGGAAAAUUAAUGAGCAUAAUGUUGCCCGUUUUUUAUAGAAGUUUCGAAUGGAUUUCGAAGCUUCUUUAAAAGAAAGAAUUUCUCCAAGCUGCGCCCGAGCCUUUUUCAGUCUGUCGGGAAAAUAAUAAGCAUAAUGUCGCUGCGCCGAUCGCGUCGCUUAAGUGAAAAGAAAUUUGAUUUUGCCGCGAUACAAUUCAUUUUUAUUCGAUUUUCGCUGCGGCAGAGUGCUCAUUAUUUUCCCGACAGACUGACAGCCACUUUUUCUUUACUUUAAAAAGUCUGAAAUCAACAAAAAAAAAACUCUCAAAGAAAUGCUCAAAAAACACCUUUUUUGCCUCCUUGUAAUCAACGUAUCGUUAUAUCUUUUCCAGAUAACCGGACAUUCUCUCGGAGGCGCGUUGGCUUCGUUGGCGUCGGCUCAUCUGGUCUCCACGCGCGGAUACAACGCCGAAAACUCGGCGCAUUACAGCUUUGGUCAGCCGAGAGUGGGCGAUGAGAAGUACGCCGAGGAGCACUCGAAACUCGUAAGCAUUUUCGAUUUUUGCCAAAGUUUCAUACUUUCAUACAUAUUUCUACCGAAGAGUUUAAUUUUUCCGCAAAAAAAGACCUUUUACGCACAAGAAUAACAAAGAUAUGGCCAAAAAGUGUUUUUCUCUGUCACCGCUUUCCGCGUAUCUCAUACUCUCUCGGCCAUAAAGAUUGUUGAAUAUCUCGGCUGCCCCUGAAGAUCGCGAGCUAAAAUUUUCAGGAAUUGAUACGCAGCCUAGACACAAUGAAUGGGCAAAAUUUCAAGAACGUGGAAAAAUUAUCCCGUACGGUAGAAAUAGGUACCAAACUUUUCGUGUCGAAAUUCGUCAAAAAUUGUCAAAUUUUCGCCAACUUUCGAUCUAAAAAUCUAGAUUGUUUCUGCAAAGCGGGAGCUAGGAUUCUCGCAUACGUCCUAGAAAAAAUUGUUCUUAAUUUGUGCCAAGUUUCAUCAAAAUCUGAGCGUCGCACUUGGGGUACUUCCCCUGUAAGGAUACUUUUUCAUUUCUACUCCCUUUUCACCAAUCCCUCAUUUGCAGAUCCCCUGGUACUACCGUGUAACGCACGCCAGAGACGUUGUUGUCGACUUGUUCCCGCUCUCUCUCGGCUACCGGCAUCAUGUCAACGAGGUGUGGUACGACAAUGCGAUGUUGCCCGGCGCCUCGUACAGGGUUUGUCGGAAAAAUUUCGAUUGGAAAUGCAUCAAACUCCCGAUUCCGCUGCCCAACAUGCUCGACCAUCGCUACUACUUCAAUGUGAAGAUUACCAAGUACGGGAAAGGCGGAUGCGAAAAACCAAUCGCAAUGUAA